AUGUACUGCAAGAGCCGGGCGGCGAUCAGCAAGGUGCUGAGGCCGGAGUACGCGAGGGGGGUCAUGGCAACGGCUCAAGGGCUCAUGGUCAAGAACCACAACGAGAUCCUCGACAACAUCGCACAGGAAGAGCGUCGCAAGCACAAGGCCUUGCGCCGAGGGCCAAGCGAGGAUCCGGACGUAGCGGAUUCUGAGCCUGCACUGGCUGGGCAGUUGCCCGACCUCCGAGACAGCAGCGUGUCUGACGGGCUAGACCUGAUGCACCUUGCUGGCAACUUCUUGUUAUCAUGCCGACAAGUGACUUGGAGGACGACUUGCCCGCCGAUUGGUGGUGGGUCAGAGUGA